CCUGCCAGGUGAGGGCAAGGGGUGGUUCAGUGUGAUGCAAAGCACCUGGCGGAGGAGGAUGCCGAUUGGUUUGGGGGUGGGGCGGGGCGGGGCAAGCUCUAGGUCCCCAGGGUCCCCCGGGGAAAAGGAGCAGUCGUCAAGCCCCUUUACUCCAUCCCUACUUGGCCCAAACAUCCCCAGAACCCGGCCAUGUGUCCCCUAUGGGCUGUGCUUGCUCUGGGCUGGCUGCCUCUGAGCCUGGCAGUGGACCUGGAGCCUCAGCUGGCCAGCAUCAUGUUUGCCACCAACAACCCCACCUUGACCACCAUCACCCUGGAGAAGCCCUUCUGUAUGUUCAAUGCCUCCAACCAGCACAACGUCUCCUAUGAGGUCCACCUGUACGUGAUGGUGAACUCAGGGAGCGUCUGGCGGGCCGUGGUCCAGGACAAUCGCAGCUUCCCAAUCAACAGCACCUUCCAGGAGACGGUGGGAGGGCAGAGAGCGCCAUACAAGGCCGCCUCCUUCGUCCUGCCCCAGUGUGCUGACCCGCCCGACCUGAACGAGGCCGGGGACCCGAGCAAAGCCGAUGAGAUCCUCCGUGCCUACCUGGUCAGGGUCGGAAAUGACACUUACUGCUUACUAGACCCCAACUUUAAGGGGGCCUGCAACCCCCCUCUCACGAGGGCCACGGCGUACAGGUUCAAAUAUGUCUUAGUCAAUACAUUAAGUGGUUUUGUGGAGGAUCAGACCCUGUGGUCUCAGCCAGUUCGGACCAACCAGAUCUCUCCACCCUCGGACAUUGACUUGUGGCCCGGCAGGCGAAGCGGAGCCAUGAUUGUCAUCACCUCCAUCCUGAGCACCCUGACCUUCUUCCUGCUGGUGGGCUUCGCGGCUGCCGCCGUCUUCAGCUUCGUGAGCCUGGGGAGCCCAGACUUAGAGAUGCAGCACGAGUCUCAGAUCAGCCAGGAGGCGGCUGCCAGAGCGCAGGGAACCCAAGAGCCUUCCUAUGCCUCUGGGAACCGAAGGCAGUCUGUGGACCCGGCCGAGGUUUACGCCAGCAAGCUGCAGGGCUGAGCCGCGUCAGGCAAACUCCGGGCGACGGGUGCAGACGUGGUCCUGAGCGCCGAUGCCCCGCGUGCGGGCCAGCGGGCAGGGGUGUGUCUGAAAGGACUAGCUGCCGGCAUCCGCUCCCGAGGUUUCUUCCGCUCUCGGGAGGGGAGCAAUCAAUAAAAGUGGCCCCAUUGACUCGC